GACACAGGCGGCCGCGAAGGGCUGCCCCGGGUGGCCUGGAGGAAACUUUAAAAAGUGCUGCGGUGUGUUCUGGCCCCGCUGGAACCUCUGCCUGCCUUUCCCCCAGUGUUUCCAGAAGACAUACCAUCACCAUGCAGAAGAUCUUGAUCCGGGGUGGGAAAGUCGUCAACGACGACUGUUCGCAGCUGGCUGAUGUGUAUCUGGAGGACGGGGUCGUGCGAGCGAUGGGGCCGCCGGGGCUGGAGCUGCCAUCAUCUGCGGGGAUCCGGGUGAUAGACGCCUCGGACAAGCUGCUUUUGCCCGGAGGGAUUGACACGCACACGCACAUGCAGUUCCCUUUCAUGGGCACGCAGACGAAGGACGAUUUCUACCUAGGGACCAAGGCUGCUCUAGCAGGAGGCACGACAAUGAUCAUUGACUUUGCAAUACCUCAGAAAGGGUGCUCCCUUAUUGAAGCCUAUGAGAAAUGGAGAAACUGGGCAGAUUCCAAAGUUUGCUGUGAUUAUGCAUUACAUGUGGCAGUCACAUGGUGGAGUGACAAGGUCAAAGAAGAGAUGAAAAUACUUACUCAAGAAAAAGGUGUUAAUUCUUUCAAGAUGUUUAUGGCCUAUAAAGACCUCUACAUGGUGAAUGAUUUAGAACUACACUCAGCCUUUUCUCAGUGCAAACAAAUUGGUGCCAUUGCUCAAGUACAUGCUGAGAAUGGAGAUUUGAUUGCAGAGGGUGCCAAGAAGAUGUUAUCCCUAGGAAUAACUGGUCCAGAGGGCCAUGAACUGUGUCGCCCAGAAGAAGUGGAAGCUGAAGCCACCUUGAGGGCAAUCACUAUUGCAAACUCAGUGAACUGUCCUCUUUACGUAGUUCAUGUGAUGAGCAAAUCUGCAGCCCAGGUGAUAGCGGACGCUCGGAGGCAAGGAAAAGUUGUGUAUGGGGAGCCUAUAGCAGCUGGUCUUGGCACAGAUGGCACAAACUACUGGCAUAAGGAAUGGCCCCAUGCUGCAGCACAUGUCAUGGGCCCACCACUGAGGCCAGAUCCCUCCACACCAGACUUCCUCAUGAAGCUUCUAGCAAAUGAUGACUUAACUGUGACUGGGACAGAUAACUGCACCUUUGACAUCUGCCAGAAGGCUUUGGGGAAAGAUGAUUUCACAAAGAUCCCGAAUGGUGUGAACGGUGUAGAGGACCGGAUGUCAGUUAUAUGGGAAAAAGGAGUGCAUAGCGGCAAAAUGGAUGAAAAUAGAUAUGUAGCAGUUACCAGCACAAAUGCUGCUAAAAUCUUUAACCUGUACCCAAGAAAGGGGAGAAUAGCAGUGGGCUCUGAUGCUGACAUUGUCAUUUGGGAUCCCAAAGCUACAAGAACAAUCUCAGCAAAGACUCACCACCAAGCCAAUGACUUCAACAUAUUCGAAGGAAUGGUCUGCCAUGGCGUGCCAGUGGUGACCAUUUCACGAGGCAAAGUGGCCUAUCAAAGUGGAGUCUUCCAUGUAGCAGCAGGAGAGGGAAGAUACAUCCCCCGUCCACCAUUCCCUGAAUAUGUCUACAAACGGAUCAGACAGCGGGAUCAGGUAUGCCAACCUGUUCCUGUCAAGAGAGCACCGUAUAUGGGCAAAGUGAUUUCACCCACUACCCAAUGAAAAUAAAUCUCACAGUCUGUUUCAUCUUCUACAGAUGAAAGCGAUUCUGUUGUUCUUAUAAUGGAGCCACAUUACCCUACAAUUUUGAUUUCUACCCUUGAAGAUUUCUAAAUGAUUUACUAGUAUGGCAAUACAGCUCUGAUUAUGUCAAUGUGUAAAUGGCAUUUUCCCUUCUAUUAUUUUUGACCACUACUGUCUCUUGGAAACUUCUAGAAAGAUAAGCUGUUUCAUUGUGAAUCAUCUACCAUAUUAUCAUGUGAACAUUUUCUCAAGGCCACUGGGGAUUUUAAAUGAGGACACAAGGGAAUUUAAAAACCCCAGAGCCAUAUCAUAAUUAAGAUGUCAAAACUGUAAUUAAUUAUGGGAUCAGCCUGCUAACAAGAAGCAAUCAAGAAGGUGUCCAUAAUAAGGGAUGGAAAAAUAAUAUUUUUGCAUUUGGGUAUCUAUAUACUUUGAUUUUUUUUAAUUAUUAUUUUUAUUAUCAUUUUUAUUUUUAGAUAAAGGAUUCUUCCUCUUAUUGUACAGUUUUGCCAUGCUCUAAACCUCAUUUGUUUCUGACUUAUACGAGAAAAGGUAGGAUAAUUGGAAAAGAACUACUAUACAUCAUUCAAUAGGUGUCUAGUUUGCAAAUAGACUUGAGCAUAAAUCAAGGGGUCAUGGAUACAUCUGAUAAAGAUUACAGCCAGUAA